AGCAUAAAUCAACAUGGCGGACGCCGGUGUGAAAACAGAGAUCAGAUCUUCAAUGUGGAAUCCCGGCGGUUUACAAAGCUUAUUGACAUUUGUUAUUUUGACUUUAACUUAUGUUGUGGCUUUUAGCUCACGUUUAUUUGCUGUCAUUCGCUUCGAAAGUAUAAUUCACGAGUUUGAUCCUUGGUUUAACUACAGGUCAACACAUUAUAUGGUAGAAAAUGGAUUUUAUAAUUUUCUAAAUUGGUUUGAUGACAGAGCAUGGUAUCCUCUAGGGAGGAUUGUAGGGGGUACUGUGUACCCUGGGUUGAUGGUGACAUCAGGAACUAUUCACUGGGUCCUAAGUCACCUCAAUAUACCAGUUCACAUUAGAGAUAUAUGUGUAUUUUUAGCACCAAUAUUCAGUGGUUUAACAGCACUGGCCACUUACUUUUUCACCAAAGAAAUAUGGAGUAAAGGAGCAGGGCUUUUUGCUGCAUGCUUUAUAGCUAUAGUGCCAGGCUAUAUCAGUCGUUCUGUAGCAGGAAGUUAUGAUAAUGAAGGAAUAGCUAUAUUUGCCUUAAUGUUUACAUAUUAUUUAUGGAUUAAAGCAGUAAAAACAGGAUCUGUGUUCUGGGCAGUUUUAACAGCUUUAUCUUACUUUUAUAUGGUCUCAGCAUGGGGAGGCUAUGUGUUUAUUAUAAAUCUAAUACCACUUCAUGUAUUUGUGUUACUACUCAUGGGUAGAUAUUCUAGAAGAAUCUUUAUAGCAUACACAUCAUUUUUCAUCGUAGGAUUAAUAUGUUCAAUGCAGAUACCAUUUGUAGGAUUCCAGCCAAUUAAAACAAGUGAACAUAUGGCAUCAGCAGGUGUAUUUGCCUUAGUGAUAGCCUAUUCCGCAUUGAAGUAUACACAAUCAUUUUUAAGCAAAGCAGAAUUUAAAUAUUUUUUCUUAGUAUCAGCAGCAAGCGCUGCAGGCUUUAUAUUCUGUACUGUCGUAGGAUUAACGUGGGCAGGUUACAUUCAUCCAUGGAGUGGGAGAUUUUAUUCCCUAUGGGACACAGGAUAUGCUAAAAUCCACAUCCCAAUCAUUGCCAGUGUGUCAGAACAUCAGCCUACAACAUGGGUCUCAUUCUUCUUUGAUCUUCAUAUAUUAGUGUGUGCAUUCCCUGCUGGUGUGUGGUAUUGUGUAAAGGAAGUUAAUGAUGAGCGUGUGUUUGUGAUAUUGUAUGCAAUCUUUGCCAGUUAUUUCGCUGGAGUAAUGGUACGUUUGAUGUUGACGCUGACUCCUGUGGUGUGUGUCUUAGCUGCCAUUGCAUUCUCCAAGACAUUUGAGAUCUAUCUAAAGGAUGAUUCACCAAAGUCCAGUUCUAAGGAGGAAGAGGAAGAAAAGAAACAAGACAAUAAAAACGACAGACUUUACGACAAACCUCAGGUUGCCAAACCAAAGAAAGUAAAAGAAGACCGUCCAAAAGAUCAGGACAGUGUUGGAAUGAACAUUAAAACAAUCAUUGUUAUAGCCCUACUGAUGAUGUUAAUGUUGUUUGCUGUCCAUUGUACAUGGGUCACAAGUAGUGCUUACUCUAGUCCUAGUAUUGUACUGGCUUCCUAUAAUCAUGAUGGAAGCAGAACAAUAUUGGAUGACUUCAGAGAGGCAUAUUUCUGGUUAAGACAGAAUACUGGUGACAAAGCUAGAGUAAUGUCAUGGUGGGAUUAUGGGUACCAGAUAGCGGGUAUGGGGAACAGGACAACACUGGUGGAUAAUAAUACUUGGAACAAUAGUCAUAUAGCUCUGGUUGGUAAAGCCAUGUCCUCCAAUGAGACAGCAGCUUAUGACAUCAUGAGGGCGUUAGACGUGGACUAUGUAUUGGUGAUAUUUGGUGGGGUCAUAGGUUACUCUGGAGAUGAUAUCAACAAAUUCUUAUGGAUGGUUAGAAUUGCAGAAGGUGAACAUCCGAAAGAUAUAAGGGAAAGUGAUUAUUUUACACCUCAAGGAGAGUUCCGUGUUGAUUCUGCUGGGUCUAAGACAUUACUGAAUUGUUUGAUGUACAAACUAUCCUACUACAGAUUUGGAGAACUUCAGCUUGACUUCAGAAGUCCCCCUGGAUUUGAUAGGACAAGAAAUGUAGAGAUUGGAAACAAGAACUUUGAUUUGACACACUUAGAAGAGGCUUACACUACUGAACAUUGGUUGGUUAGGAUAUAUCGGGUCAAAGAUUUGACAAAUAGAGAUAUUGUCACAAAUCAAGCUAUGCCAAAAGUUAAACCAAAGAAGAGGAGCAAGAAGACUGGUAAAAAGAAGACUGGUUCCAUCAAACACAAGCCUGUGGUAAAGAAGGGGAAGAAACUCAGCAAAUCAAAGAAUUAGACGCGUUAUUUGAAUAAGGUAUGGAUGCUGUUGGGACACAUGGUUUGACUGAACUGGAAGGAUGCUUUGUAUGAGUCUGUUGUGUUUUUGAUUAUAACAAGCAUGGACACUAAAGGAACAUGGUCACCUUUGGAAUUUAUUGUUGGAGAAUUUGGAACAUAUCAUCUGAGACAUUUUUUUGGGUUCCUUUAAAAUUUGUAUAAAAUAUUUGCCAGUAUAUAUCUGAUAAUAACAUGGUACAAGUGAGAAAGUGGAAUGUCUAUUUAAUUGCUAUUUAAAAACAAUUGUUUUCAUGGAUGAUUUGUUAGAAUUUUCCUUGGCUUUUAUAGUCACAAAAAAUUAAAACUUCAGCUUUUUUCAAAAACUUAAAAAUUUGUGUCGAUGAAGGAAUAUAAGAUGUAACUAUUAGAAAUACCAUAAUUGAUUUCUUAGCUUGUUUUUAGGUUUCUAAAACCUUUUCGAUGAGUUAAGAAAUAUUUAACUUUUGUUAAAAAAUGAGAUAGUGAUGAUGGUAUUUGAAUGUAUAAGAAAGUACUAGAUUUGAAUAAAUACUGUUCAAAUUUCAAUUUUUGUCAAUUAAGGAAAAAUUCGAUUUUUGUUUAUUUUUAAUUUCAUGGUAUUUUCUUAGUCUGCAUACAAGCCUUUAGAAAUCUUUACUAAAUUGCAAAUUUAAAUUACUGUUUACAGGUUCCCCUAAAAUUCUUCAAUAUCACAUGAUAAAUGAAUCCACAGUUCCAAAUUAUUUGCUUUGAAGAAUUAUGAAUACUAUUAAAAGUAUAGUUCUUGUAUUCUUUCAUACUAUAAAGAUGUAAAAAUUUAAUAUCAUUGAUUUCAAAAUGGUCAUAUAUUGUCAUUAGGGUGAAUUGGGGAUAUAUUAAGUGAAUGCCUUUGUAUGAUUGUGAUGGUUUUUUUUGGUUUUUUUUCAAAAGUUAUUAUUUUGAAAAGAUAUUUUUUCCGAAAACAGACUUUUGUACCCUGUUAAUACAUGAUAGAAUCUUGUUAUUUAGAUCCACAAUAAUCAGAGGUCACAUUUUAUAAUUUAGCAUUCUUUAUUUUGACUUCAAUCAUUAGUGUAGAUAUUAUACAUAAAUUUCUUUAAAAUGAAUGUGAAAAAGUUGUCUUCAUUAUAAGGUGCAUGCGGUGUAAGAAAGAGUUGAUAUGUGUUGAGAAAGGAAAUUGACAAUGAUUUUGAGAGCAUCUUUAUAUUUCAUUUAAUAGUAUGUGUUGUUAUUAAUUUGUUAAUUAAUUUUAUUUAAAUUUAUAUCAAUAAAUUUAAUAUGCUUUUUUUCUGUAUUAUGUUUUGGUGCAAUUAUUUUUAAAUUAAGGAGAAUAGUUCUACAUUAAAUGUCAUUCCAUUAUCAUAAGAAGUGAAUAUGAUUCUUGAAAUAUUUUUUUUUAUUAAUGACUUCCUGACAUGAAAUAUCAUCCUAAGAAUUUUGUUCACAAUUCACCAGCAAAUUAGACCUUACUAUUUCAUUGUAAUAAGAUCUAUUAAUUGUACGUACAAGUGGUUAGAUACAGACAUUGCAUAGUUUAUAGAAUAUCUUGCAUGGUGGUCUUUUUUCUGUCAGUCACUAAGGGUGUUAAAAUAUUAUUGUGUGAAAAUAGAUAGGAGGCACUAAAGUUUUUUUUUUUUUUUUUGUAAUUACUUAUCUGUAAUGUCUUUCUAUAUAAGUAGUUGUCACAAAACUACAGGCCACAGAUAUAUAGUAAUCUGCAAUGUUGAUACUUUUGUAACAAAUAUAAAAGUUUGUUGAGGUAUUUACAGCAACAUGACAGCUUUAACUAAAUCAAUCAUCAGUAAUAUGCAUUGAGAGUUGACCUUGUUUCACCAAUUCUUUUAUUUAAAGCAGUACUUGUAAGAUAGUACCCAUAGAAACCAAAAAUCUUGUUGAGGAAUUUUGUUUGUUACUUUGAAGGUAGCGUCUAGCUUUAUGUUCUGUUCAUUUAUUUUGAUUGAUUUUUCAUUUUUAUUCAUUGAAAGCUAGACAUAUUUGAAGAGUUGACAUAACAUAUGCCUCAAUUGAUGGUUUAUAUAUUUUUAAGGAAGUAAUACAUUACUGCAACAAAACAUCUAUUUAUGCCUAUAAUUCUUUAAAUUACUGCCAUCAAAUAAUUUUCUCCAGCUCUUUUUAAAAAACUUAAAAAACUUUCACAAAAACCUAUAAAGAUAAUAUAAUUCACAAACAUUUCCAUAUAUCACUGGUGAUAAAUUUUAAUCUCUUUUUUUUUGUAUAAAGAAUGUCUGAGGGACAUCGGAAUUGUUUUAAUCUGGUUGAAUUCUGUUGUACAUUUAUUUUAACACUUUUCUCUAUAAUGCCCAUGUUUCGUGUGGGAAUUUGUGGUUGAGCAGCAUUUACUUUUGGUGGUGUAUUUUUAUGGUCACGUAUAUAAAUUUGGUAAGGACUUAAAUGUCUUUAGUGUACAAGUUUCAGCUUUUGUGUAAAUGCAGUUUAAAUGUUUAGGAAGUGGAAGAAUAUGUUUGUGUUGUAAUUUUCUGUUUUUGUAUUCAUAUUUUUACAACAUAUUAUUACAAUUUGAUUACGAUUUUAGUGGAUGUUCUUUUGUAGUCUUUAUUGAUGAUAAUACACAUUUGCUAAUUUGGUGUCUAAACUGCCCAUGGGUAUUUAUUGAUAAAAAUUAUUCAUUCGUAAAGUUAUCAAAGUAAAGGUUUAUUUUCUUCCUGCUGAAUAAGAUGAUUUUUAGUAGGAAAAAUAAAGGUCCAUUUUCUGCCUGUUGGAUUUAAAGUUUUUAAGUAAGUACAUUGAAUUUCUUAGGAUAUAUUUAUAUUGUAGUAUUUAUAUAUAGUCCUAAAAGAUCCAAGGAAAGAAAUCCCUAUUACAGAUACAAUAAAUAAUCUCGUUAAUCCUUUCCAUGCAAGUGGGUUAAUGCACUUUCUUCUUCACUCUUCACAGAUUUUUCAAGUAAACCAAGGUGAUUUAUAUAAAAUGUUGCCCCUAAUAUUCACUAUUACCAUAAUACUAGGGAGAGAAUGGCUAAUUCCACAAACACGAACACCCACAUUUAAUUUCUUUCAUUGAUAUUUGUUUUCUUAGUUUGCUUAAAUCUUUAAACAAGCUAUCAAAUAUGUGUACUCUGUUGAACAUCAAAACUUGUGGUUAACCUAAAGCCAUGAAAUCCACCAAAACUGGUAUCCAACGAAUACAUUAAAUCCAGAGUAGAUGUUGCAUGGUAAAUAAAGAAAAUAUACUACUAGUUAGUUACAAUUUCCCCCAUUUAUGCUGAAAGUUUUUGAUUCAUGCCUGAUUAACUGUUGUUUAGAUGACACCAGUAUCAAAGUUUUUGAUUCAUGCCUGAUUAACUUGUUUAGAUGACACCAGUAUGAACGUUUUUGGAACAUGGCCUAUAUAACAAACUAUUGUGAUGGAUGUAAAAUAUUAUUCAUACUUUGACAUGUUGCAAUGGUCAAGAAAUGUCACAAUUAAAAAAAAUGAUGUUAUUUUUUUUUAUAUAAAGCCAGGAAUAUAUAUAUAUAUUAGACUGAGUAUACUUCCUAGGUUACAUGCAGCAAAUGCCAAAAUUGAGAAAAAAAUCUCAAAAACAUAUAUUUAUUAUUUGUUAUCUUACUGGUAUGAAGCAAAGAGGCUUUAAAACUUACUAAACCCAGUAUCUUACAAAAAUGAAGAAUCUUUGUCACAAAUACAUUUUUUUUGUUAAUAGUGGAAUACAUAAAACUGGUUUUAUGUUUAUGAUUACAUUCCUUGUGUCUAGGGUCUAUUGCUAUUUUAAAGACAUCUAUUUCAUAAAAAAAAAAUUACUUUUAAGUCCUGAACAUUUAAAAAUAAGUGAUGAUUUUUGUCUUAACAUUUUUUUGGUGAAAAGAGCACCUGCACCGUAAAUGAUAAAAUGUCUAUGGCUUUUUCUUAAAAACAAUCUUGGUGGUGGAGAAGAUAACUUGAAAUUCUUAGCGUAACAUUUGUAAAAUGUAUUGAAAACUUUCUCUCGUAUCUGGCACCUUUUUUAGCUCACCUGGCCCAAAGGGCCAAGUGAGCUUUUCUCAUCACUUGGCGUCCGGCGUCGUCCGUCGUCUUUAACUUUUACAAAAAUCUUCUCCUCUGAAACUGCUGGGCCAAAUUAAUCCAAACUUGGCCAUAAUCAUCAUUUGGGUAUCUAGUUUAAAAAUUGUGUGGCGUGACCCCGCCAACCAACCAAGAUGGCCCCCAUGGCUAAAAAUAGAACAUAGGGGUAAAAUGCAGUUUUUGGCUUAUAACUCAAAAACCAAAGCAUUUAGAGCAAUUCUGACAUGGGGUAAAAAUGUUCAUCAGGUCAAGAUCUAUCUGCCCUGAAAUUUUCAGAUGAAUCAGACAACCUGUUGUUGGGUUGCUGCCCCUGAAUUGGUAAUUUUGGGGAAAUUUUGCUGUUUUUGGUUAUUAUCAUGAAUAUUAUUAUAGAUAGAGAUAAACUGUUAACAACAAUAAUGUUCAGCAAAGUAAGAUCUACAAAUAAGUCAACAUAAUCAAAGUGGUCAGUUGACCCCUUUAGGAGUUAUUGCCCUUUAUAGUCAAUUUUUAACCAUUUUUCGUAAAUCUUAGUAAUCUUUUACAAAAAUCUUCUUCUCUGAAACUACCAGGCCAAAUUUGAACAAACUUGGCCGCAAUCAUCAUUGGGGUAUCUAGUUUAAAAAAUGUGUGGCAUGACCCGGCCAACUAACCAAGAUGGCCGCCAUGGCUAAAAAUAGAACAUAGGGGUAAAAUGCAGUUUUUGGCUUAUAACUCAAAAACCAAAGCAUUUAGAGCAAAUCAAACAGGGAAUAAAAUUGUUUAUCAGGUCAAGAUCUAUCUGCCAUGAAAUUUUCAGAUGGAUCGGACAAACCGCUGUUUGAUUGAUGCCCCUGAAUUAGUCAUUUUAAGGAAAUUUUGCCGUUUUUUGUUAUUAUCUUGAAUAUUAUUAUAGAUAGAGAUAAACUGUAAAGAGCAACUAUGUACAGCAGAGUAAGACUUAAAAAUAAGUCAACAUGACCUAAAUGGUCAAUUGACCCCAUAAGGAGUUAUUGCCCUUUAAAGUCAAUUUUUAACAAUUUUCAUAAAAUUUGUAAACUUUAAUUAACAUUUUCGACUGAAACUCUUAGGCCAAGUUCAAUAUAGAUAGAAUGUUUGUAAGCAGCAAGAAUGUUCAGUAAAGUAAGAUGUACAAACACAUCACCAUCACCAAAACACGAUUUUGUCAUGAAUUCAAAUGCGUCCUUUGUUUAAUAUUCACAUAGACCAAGGUGAGCGACACAGGCUCUUUGGAGCCUCUAGUUUUAUCAGGUAAACUCAUAGGGAGCAACCAUAAGGGAAUUAUUUACUUUGUCCCAGAUUUUGCAAGGAAUUGAUUAGGACCAACAAUUAAAUGUUUAUUAGCUAAUAUAUACCCUUGUCUGGUUGGACAUGUAAACUUUGUUGUAUUGCAAUUAACUUUUUGUUAUAUUUUUCAUUAUUAAGACCAGUAUUUUAUAGAAUUUGAUUUAUUGUUGAAAUUAAUCAUCUUAGAGUAAUUUAAAUCAUGUAAAAACUAAAUUUCAAAGAGAAUAAAUGUUUUUUUGGUAAUAUUUAGAUUAUAAGCAAUGAUUUUCACAAUAUAGAAAUGUUAAAAGGCAAGCAUUUAUUUAUGCGUAAAAACAUUUGUAUAAACAGCUUUUCUUUUUUAUUGCUACCUGUACGUUGACAAAAUUAUUAUGCCAAAUUCACUGUUCCAGAAUAUGAUGCUUUCUGGGUAAUUUUUUCAAAGGUGUACACUAAAAAUGUUAUGAUUGCCUCUAAUAAAGUAUUAAAUUCUAUAUAAGUUACCUUUUGGUUAAUCUCAAUUUCAGAUUAGUAUACAAACAAUGAAAUUACCCAUAAUCCAUUAGAUUUUGAAUGUCCAAGUACAAUUAUAUAUAUAUUUGAACAUAGGUUAAAAUCUGCUGCCUCUUAUUUAUACACCUUACAUUAUUUUAUCUGCCAUUAUCUGCACAUGCAAUUGGUUUAGCAGACGACAUAUGGAUACCUGAUUGAGAGUACUAUGGUUCUUUUUAUAAGAUAAUUUUUCAAGAGUUGUAUGUGUAAUGAUCUAAUGCAGACUGUUAGUUGUUUUGUGUAAAGUCUAUGAAACUGUAUGUAAUUGUUGUUUACUUAUUGAGGAUUAAAACUAAAACAGAAAAUAUGUGUUAAACAUUUUAUAUGCAUGACUUUUUUAUUGUAAUACAUAGAGUUGGGGCAAAACUGAAGCCAAUAGCAUUUAUCUGCUCAAAUUUCAAUUUAUUUAGUAACUUUAGGCUAAGGAAGUGGCAUGAAAAUUGGUUGUAAUAAAAGUAGCAGAAAGCCAGACAGGGAUUGCUUGUCUCUGAUGAAAGUCGCAGAAAGCAAGACAUGGAUUGCUUGUCUUUGAUGAAAGUUGUAGAAAGCCUGACAGGGAUUGCUCAUCUGGCAACAACAGCCUCAGCUCAAGCGUCAACAAUUGUAAAGUUUUCUGCUUUAGUUAGUUUGAUUAGAACUACUUGUGAUAUUAACUUAGAAGUUACUUUACUACCAGCUCAUAUCAGUUUGAUGACUAUUUUGAGGCCCUGCCCACUAGGACAUGGUCCAGUGACUUUGAAUUAAUUAGAAUUUUUCAAUGUUAUGUUUUCUGCUCAAGUUAAAUUGAUAGAAUUUACUUGUGAUAUAUCAAUGAUAUUUUGUAUAAUAAAAUAACAUUACUGUC